AUGGCAAUUGAUAGGAGAGCCGAUUGGAGGUGUCAUACAUGUAAAACGAGAAAAGCAUCUACCAACAGCAACAACGCAUAUCAUGUAAUAAUCGAUGAUACACACCAGCCAACACAAACUGCAAAUCAACAAAAACAACAGCGAGAUGAAUAUGAUGAUGAUGUGUAUGAAAAUGAUGGUACCAAACGCUUCAAAGACUCUCUCUCUCUAAGUGAUGUUAACAAUAGUGUUUACCACGUAAAAACCAAUGUUUCAACUCUUAAAUCAGACGUCUCAACUAUGAAAUCAGAUAUAACAGAGAUAAAAACAACGAUACAACAACUGGCAAUAUCUGUAAAUCAAAACAACCAAAUAAACACAAACAUCCAAACUGCUCUUAACACAAUCACAAGUACUCUUUCAACUCUUACCUCUCAAAAACUUCGAAAAGCCGCUUAUAGUCUAUAUCAUCUAAGCAACUGCUCAACCUACGAUGUACUCCAACAGGCAUAUUUUUCGUUAGCCGAGACAUAUAUUAGGCAUGGAAUUACAGCGUGGGGAAACUCAACGUAUUGCAGAUCUUUACAACAAUCGCAAAAUCAAAUCCUUAAAAUAUUAAUGAAAAACAAGCUACACAACCAACAACAACUACAAAUGUCGUUAAUAUAUGAAAACAAUUUCAACAUGUAUACUAACACCAACAACACACCAACAAAUCCUAACAACAACAUAAACCUAUUCAAUACUACCAAUAUCAACAACAAUACAAACACAAAUAUCAAUACCACAAACAACACAAACGAUGCCAACAUAUCCAACACAUAA